GUCUGGACCCUGCACUUGAAAAUAUGCGCCGGUAUAUCCAUGCUUAUAUCGAGCUCUAGAGCCAGUCAGAGGAGCUAUCAUUCGAACUACUUCCAGGACUGGGCUGAGCCAACACACGAAUCUGACGAAGCAUCCCCUCGGUGUUGGAUACGAGCCGAGAGCCAACCCAACCCAAUCCAGUCAUUAGUCCUAAAAGAUUCUCUGCAAAGUACUAUGAAUAGCUCUCAGCUCCUGGUUACGAAAUAAGGAAAUAUCGCUAAAGUGAAGAGCUACCAGGUCGAGGCUCUCGAAAACAACGAGUGAAAGCCCCCUUCAUAAGCAUGGGAGACCAAAAAAUAGAUGCCAGGAAGACAAAUGCUGAUGAUGGAGAUAGGGAUCUCUACUUCGAUCCAAAUCGAUGGAUUGACGGCGUGAUCUAUGUACUUGUGAGUCAGGGUCUCUCGCAUACCACAGGUUGGAAUAACCUACACGUCGGGUUCUUCGCUAAGUGCGGACUGACUUGGACAAUCGUGAUCAGACGCCCUAUGGAGACCGCAACCACACUGACAAUGAAUACUCCAGCUAGAAGAAGCCUCCGCGUGAGCCUCAAGUGCAGCUUCCAGAGCAUGGGCAAGGGCAAGAGUAGGACGAGGAUAUCGAUAAUGAGAUCCGGCGUUCCAAAGCCUAGCCACAAGCUCCUUGUAUCUAUGCAGGUGCCCGGCAGAUCUGGCAUCCAGUUUUUUUUUCGAUCGGAGAACAUGUGAGAAAGAUGACGAGGAUAGUACUGAUCGACCAUGCGAUAUUCAAUCCAUGCACUAUCCAGAGCGCAUAUCGGA